UCAGCCUGAAGCCUCUACUCAGCCUGAAGCCUCUACUCAGCCUGAAGCCUCUACUCAGCCUGAAGCCUCUAUCUCCACCAUAAUGAACUGAUCCAGCCUGAUGAUCCUAUUAGGCCAGUUGACUCGAUGCCCGCUGUUGAUCCAGAUGAUCCGGUACCUGAUCCGGUGCCCGCUGUCGUGCCAAUUGACUCAGAGCCCGCUGUCGUACCUGGUGACUCAGUGCCCACUGCUUUGCCAGAUGACGCGGUGCCCGCUGGCGAGCCAAAUGACCUGAUGCCUGGUGACCCAGUGCCCGCUGUCAUACCUGGUGACCCGAUGCCCGCAGUCUUGCCAGACGACUCGGUGCCC